GGUCCCCUUUUUGGUUUGACACCUCUACUCGAAACGUAAAAAACUUGGGAAGUGCUUGAAUUUGGAAAUAGAAAUAAAAUAAGAAAAAUGGCAGCACCGAUGGGAAAGGAUGACCUGGAGAAGCUGAAGAGCUUCAUCGAGUUCGUGGACGCGAAUCCAACGGUGGUGAAUGUGCCGCAGCUUAAAUUUGUCAAGGAUUUUAUUGAAAAGUUUGGCGGCCGGGUGCCGACAGGCGACUUUAAGAUGCCAGACGCCGCUGCAGGCGGAAAAUGCCCAUUUGGCGGCGAUGCCGGUGCCAAAUCGAAGCCGGCUGCUGCUGGUGCCUCGACCCCAGACUCCGAGGGAGUCAGCAUCGAUUCGGAUGCAAGCGAUGAUGAGUUUGCAUCGGACUCCGAGUCUGAUGUUGAGCUGGAUAUGGAAGGCGUUCUACAGCCCGACCUUGACCCGGCCCAGCCCAUGGGUGACUCUGCCAAAGAGGUCACCGAUGAGGAGAUGGACCAGGCCGGCGAUGUGCGCGGCGAGGCCGCCAAGGCCUAUGGUGAGCAGAAGUUCGAGGAGGCCAUCGGCCUCUACACCAAGGCCAUUGAGCUGAAUCCCGGCAAUGCACUCUACUAUGCCAAGCGCGGCCAGGCUUUCCUCAAGCUGAAGAAGCCCAAUGCCUGCAUUCGUGACUGCGAUAAAGCCCUUGAGCUGAACUGCGACUCAGCGGCCGCCCACAAGUUCCGUGGACGCGCCCAUCGCCUGCUGGGCCAGUUUGAGGAGGCCGCCAAGGAUCUGCGCCAGGCCUGCAAGCUGGACUUUGACGAGGAGACCGACGAGUGGCUGCGCGAGGUGACGCCCAAUGCAAAGAAGAUCGAGCAGCACCGUGUCAAGCUGGAGCGCAAGCAGGCUGAGCGCAAGGUCAAGGAUCGUCUGCGUGCCCAGAAUAAGGCACGCAAAGAGCAGGAGAAACAAAAGGCCUCGGCUGGUUCGACAGGCGGCUUCCCAGGCGGAGCUGCUGGUGGAUUUCCUGGCGGUUUCCCCGGUGGCUUCCCUGGCGGUUUCCCCGACGUUGGUGGCGCUGGCGGCAUGCCCAAAAUGGCUGAGAUGCUUGGCCUGAUGAAGGAUCCUGAGGUGGCUGCUGCCAUGCAGGAUAUCCUCGCUAAUCCGGCCAACAUUUCCAAGUAUGUGUCCAACCCGAAGAUCUUCAACUUGGUGAAGAAUAUCUUCCCGGGUGGCGACCCAACCGGAGCUGGUGCCUUUGGCUCAGGAGCUGCCUUUGGCCAGGAAAAAGAUGAAAAAGAGGAAAAAGACACGCCCAGUGAUAGCAGCGAGCCGAAGGCCAAGAAGGAUUCGGCGGACUUUGUCGACGAUGGCCUCGACUAAGGGUCAAGGUCAGUUCUGGAGCAGCAGCAGCCGCAGCAGCAGAGGAGUGUGUUGUAGCGGCAAAAACAGAAACAUAAAUAUUGAAAAACAACUAAAAACAAAGACAAGCAUAUACACACAGCAAGAGACAUAGAACACACACACAAACACACAACACACACACACACACACACGUAAAAUCACACUCUCCCGUAAGAGACACACACAUGAGACAGAGCAGGAUGGCAACACACGAGAGCAGUGCCAAGCCGCUGGCGCUGGCACUGGCACUGGCCUUGCCGCUUGCUUGCUCGCUCGGAGUUGAAUUUAUAUUUUUGUUGAUAAAAGCUUUCCCUACGCCAUACCGCCAUACCCUAAAGAAUGAACAGAGCGAAUGGAUUGUUUUCCCCUUCUUGACAACAACAACAAGAACAACAACACCACCACAUUCUUUAUAGAAAUAACAACAACAACAACAAAGAAAAGCAACAAACUGUCGAUCGGUCUAGUUCAACUAAUGUUCGAUAGGAAGAAGCUCCAAACGAAAGCAAUUACAUAUAAUAUAAAUUAGCCUUAAUUAUUGCUCCCCCACACUCGCCACACUCUCACACACACACACACACACACACACACAACAAAAAACCAGCAGCCAGAGACAGAGCAGCAGAAGGUGAAAAUGAACAAAGGAAAAUAAACAAAAAAAAGAAACAAACAAACGGAUGUAGGAGGACGAAACAAGAUUUGUUAAACAAAAUUGUACUGAGAGUAGGAUUUGAUUAAUAAUUGAACUAAGCAAAUGCAUUUAGCAUACAAUCAACCAACACCACCACCACCACCACCACCACCAGAGAAGCACCCACUCACCCACUCAUCCACUCACCCACCCAACACAUGCGGAAUGCGCCCACAUUCAGCCACUCAUAAGGCACCCAACACACAUGCAAAACACAUUCAAUACAUCAUAUACACACAUACUUAUGUACAUGCGCAUAUUCACAUGUCAAACAUUCAUCAGCGAGAUCAAUGGAAAUAAAAAACAUUUGAGAACCCAAAAA